CCCUUAUAUGGCAGAUCAUGAAGACCUUCCCAGACACCAAGAGUGUCUUCGGCUUUACUGAUAUCAAUUAGAGAAGCGCUGGUCCUACUGAUUGAUGGUCAAGAUGGUCAUAUGAUCGAUAUCCAGCGUUAUAUCGACUCUACUCUUGCCAUCGAUUCAUCACAAUCCAGCGAAGAUAUCAAGUCUCAGAUUCUCAAAAAGGCUUCUGGUGUAUUCCUUUGGGUAGCUCUGGUAAUUCCAAUGUUAAACAAAGCCUUCGAUUCGGGAAAGACAGAUGCUUUGAAUAAGCGACUUCGUGAACUACCAACCGAGCUCAGCCUCCUAUUCCACGAUAUGCUAAUGCGGGAUUCAGAAGACUGCGAUUCCAUGUUACUCUGUAUCCAGCUCGUACUUCUUGCAAAACAUCCGUUGAGCUUACAGGAACUCUACUGCGGUAUCAGAACUGGUCUCAAUGACCCGGCCCCGCAUAGUUCUCUCCCGGGAUAUUAUACGAUGCGCCGGUAUAUUCUUAGCUCUUCAAAAGGUUUAGUAGUGGAAGUAUACCUUAAUUCUAUAUCUUCUAUGCAAUUCAUCCACGAAUCUGUUAGGGAGUUUUUUCUAGUUGACGGCCAUAGGCUGCAAAGUGUAGUCCCACAAUAUUGGCCUCAUCUAAGCAACAACUUUAUAGGCAUAAGUCAAGAUGCUUUAAAAGAGGUUUGUUUUAGCGAGAUGACGACCAGAAUACCAGAUGUUGAUGUAAUGGUCAAUAACUUUACCAGGGACUACAAAAAUCAGAGAGUAACAAGAAGUAAGGUAACAAAAGCUUACCCAUUUCUUCAGUAUGCCGUCUCCAAUGUCCUUUUCCACUCCAACGAAGCGCAGUCUUAUGGAGUACAGCAGUCGGAUUGGAUCGAGCAAUUUCCGCUACCUAAAUGGAUCAACCUUUACAAUAUUUGGCCGGACGGUGCUACGAUCCAUCGGCCCGAUGUAAACAUGCUAUAUGUUCUUGCGUGGCAGGACUUUCCACCUCGUCAAGCAAUCCCCUGAUAGAUUACGGCACAUCCGUAUUAGGGGAGGUAUCUAUGGUACACCUUUAAUCGCUGCAUUAGCAUGCGGUUGCCGCCAAGUUGCCCGAGAUCUUGGCUUCCAGGUUUUCUUAGACCAAGGCCUCGAUA